AUGGCAAUCUCGCACGACGGUGGCGGCAAUGGAAAAGGGGCAGACGCGACAAACGCCGAACCUGUCUUCGUACCGGAACAAAGAUUGGCGGAAGAGGCUUCAGGAGAUACCAAUGUGCCGUGGUCGAUCUGGUCCUCCAAGCAGAGGAAAUUCAUCAUUCUGACUGCUUCGUUUGCCUCGCUUCUGUCCCCCUUAUCUGGCCAAAUCUAUUUCCCAGCCCUCGAUACCAUCGCGAAAGACUUGCAUGUCUCCAACAGCUUGGUCAAUUUGUCCAUCACCACCUAUCUAAUCUUCCAAGCCAUUGCGCCGACAUUUACUGCCCAGCUGUCGGACUCCCUGGGACGGAGGCCGCUCUAUAUGGUCUGCUUUAUCCUUUACAUGGCUGCAAAUAUCGGAUUGGGCGCACAAAACAGCUAUGCAGCAUUGCUAGUGCUGCGCUGUUUUCAGAGUGCAGGUAGCAGUGGGACAGUCGCGCUGUCUAACGCUGUUGCGACAGAUAUCACGACUCCUGCCGACCGUGGCCGUUAUAUAGCAUACGCAGCAGCCAUCCCUAUGCUUGGACCGACACUUGGGCCCAUCAUAGGCGGUCUCCUUGCUCAAUAUGCUGGGUGGCAUUCUGUCUUUUGGUUCUUGUUGGGCCUGACUGGAGCCAUCGCCAUCCCAAUGGCCAUCUUCUUCCCUGAAACAUGUCGAAAAAUCGUCGACGAUGGGUCCAUCCCCCCUCAGAAAUGGAAUAGAUGCUACACAAACGUCUUGAUCGAACGCAAAGCUUUUAAAGAAGGGAAAAUUGUGCCAUACGAGAAACGUGACGAGUUAACCAAAUCUCGCCGCAAUCAAUUGCCCAAUCCCUUCGCAAGCAUCAUGCUUCUGCUGCGGCGAGAAUGUGGCUUUGCCUUGCUCUAUGGUGCCAUCCUUGCCUGUUCUUUUUACGCCACUCUCUCUCUCAUUCCGUCGCAAUUCCAAAAGAUAUAUCACUUUAACGAGCUGCAAAUUGCAUUGUGCUACAUCCCUUUCGGAGUGGGCAGCUUGAUUGCGGCCUUUAAUCGCGGCAGAAUGCUCGACUCAAACUUCAAACGCCACGCAACUCGUCUCGGUAUUACGGUUGAAAAGAAUCGCCAUACCGACCUCGCAGGUUUUCCCAUCGAGCGCGCAAGAUUAGAAGUAGCGCUGCCGACCAUUCUCUUGGGCAGCGCAUGCAUCGUCGGCUUUGGCUGGACGUUACAUUACAAGACAAACUUGGCCGGACCACUAAUUCUGCUUUUCGUCAUUGCAUUCUGCCUUUCGGCUUCGCUUAAUUGUGUUGCAUGCCUCAUGCUGGAUUUGUAUCCGGGCAAGGCGGGCACUGUUUCGGCGUCCAAUAACCUGCUACGAUGCUUGCUGGGGGCUGGUGCCACUGCUGCCAUUGUUCCUUUGAUUGAAGCCAUUGGUGUCGGCUGGGCAGUCACAAUAUUCGCUUUCCUGAAUAUUGUAGCACUACCCUUGUUGUGGUAUAUCAUGAAACAAGGGCCCAGUUGGCGGGACGAGAUGUUGCAGAAAAAAUUAGAGAAGCAAACCGCUGCUUAA